GGUGCAGCCGCUGCUACAACAGUCCAAAGCAGAUCGUACUUGGCACUAUGCGUAGCAGUCGCGGUAGUUUUGCGCCUUAUCACAUUUCCUUGUCGACCGUCGCGGUAUGGAUUGUCAUCCUUGCAGCACCACUUUCAGGAGAUGAGUCCAAUGGAGACGAGGGAGAUGCAACUGGACCUGCGACUGCUCCGCGACUGUUCCAGGAUGAUCUCUUAGGAUGCGACGCCAGCAGCAGUCCGCCGUGUCGGUUUCAGUCACGGCUCACUCCUUUUAUUGCGUCACCUGAUAACGGGCAGUACAUAAUACCUUUUACCAUCAAUUUUGACAACCUGCUCGAAGAAAGCCGUCCGAAAGAUCUUUCUCCGUUCUAUCAGUUUAUAAUCGAAGCCCUGGCCAACAUCGAGUUGAGCAUUGACCGUUGUGCCACCUUCCGACAAACUGCCGAUGUGGAGAGCAUGAUGGGCGACGUGCAGUUUAACAUGCUGCGUGUAACCGCUCACGCGGGUCCCUUUUGUGCGGCACGAUUCGGGGGUACCGAAGCCGACGCCGAACACGAAAUCACCUGAAUGAGCUGUGCGUGGGCAACCAGUCCGCGGUAAUUCAGCGUUUGUUCAUGUUGGCCAUCGGACUACCGCAUGAGCAUGUCCGACCAGACCGGGAUGAUAACAUUAGCAUAAACCUGGAAAACGUUCCACCAGAAAGAAGAACGGAAUUUGAUAAAAUCGGUACAGCUGCUCUCGAUAUGGGUGAUUAUGAUUACGAAUCGCUUCUGCAUCCGGAUUCAAAUUUUCUCGCACUGGAUAAAACAUUGCCGACAAUUUCCGCCAAAAAUAAAAAUUUUAAGAUUUGGGGAGCGACCAAAUUAAGUGACAAGGAUGUCAUCAAACUAAAGCACCUACUGUGUGGAGAAAAGCUGCCGUCCACCAGCAAAGCCACAACUGCCAGCAGCAUGAAUGGGGACGCCACUUCCACUUCUGUCACAAAGAGGCUCUUCCAUCUUCCACGGAAACUCAACCGGAGAACAGACGGAAAAAGCAGUUUCAUUUCCCCGUCCGUUGGGGAUCUAGUGGUUACGGAUAACGAUGGGAGCGAUACCAUUCAGCCAUCCGCCAUCACGGCAAUCCCACUAUCCGAAAACACCACACCGUCGUUAGAUACCAAACCAGAUGUGGCCACUUUGCCAUUCGUUUCAGUGAAUCCAGAGGAACCGACUGAUGACGAGAGAAGAAGCAAGACAGAUAUGCGGACUGUGACCGUUACAAAAACCGUGACAGAAACGAUGACACAGGUGACAACCAUGCGGGUGGACGAUAACAAGGUUACGGACAAAAUGUUUCCCAUAACGAAAACCCAGGAUGUUGUACAUAGUACAGUAGUCAGCAGACGGCCUAAGAGACCGACAACCACCGAAGUACCAGACACCACCACUCAGAAUUUCGACAUGCCGGAAACGUCGGCACUGCCUGCAGGGAUCCCCAUACCGGAAAUGGCAAUCCUACCCACUCCCACACAGAACUGCCCAGCUCGACAAAUGAUGAAACUGUACAUUAACCAGACACUGGCCCGCACGUCUAUACUGGUCGACGGUCUGCACACGCACACCAUCCGAGAUUAUUCUAAUUAUUACUACUGGAACUGGUUUACACCAGACGCAGAGGAUGAAAGGGAUUAUUUAGCGUACACCGUUCACUAUCCAUUGUUUAACGGUGCCAUUGCGACGGUUAGAACAAUGAAAUUCGAGGCUUCAACACGGGUCUUUUCCACAAAAUACAGAAUCCAGCAGUUGCCGAACGGUGGCAGUUUAAUGCGGAAAAAGAACGAAACGCGUUAUGUUGAGUGUGCUGAUUAUGUUGAUGAACAUGUAAGGAGAUGACCGUUUGCAUUCUGGUGGUGAUUUUCGUACGUUUUGGCGUCUAUAUAUAAGAGGCCGUGCGAAGAGACAAUUGUUGAUGCACGAGGCUGCUACGCACAAUAAAAAGAUCGAGACGAGCACAGCACUUUUAU